GGGUUCCUGCCCCAGGGGAUCCUGCCCCAAGGGAUCCCUGCUCCAGGAGUUCCUGCCCCAAGGGAUCCCUGUCCCAGGGGAUCCUGCCCCAGGGGAUCCUGCCCCAAAGGAUCCCUGCUCCAGGGGAUCCUGCCCCAGGGGAUCCUGCCCCAAGGGAUCCCUGCCCCAGGGGAUCCUGCCCCAGGGGUUCCUGCCCCAGGUCCUGGAGUUGCCCCUGGAGCAGCUCCUGCUCCUCGAAGGCCUCAGGGAGGUGGAAGCAGUCAAGGGUUGCCACUGCAGCACCUGUCCCGUGGAAUGUCUUUGGCUCCCAGCCCUGUAAACUUUUCCAAAUUCUCCCUGGGAGGUCACGAUCGACAUGUGGAAAUGCUCUGACCCAACCUACAGUGCACUUACGAAUAAGGGAGUGCUCCUCUCCCUCCCCUGCUCCCUCCUCUGGGAAUAUGGGAAUGAGCCCUUUUAUGUGACCAGCACCAGUGUCCAAGCUCAAGGCACCCAGUCUGCUGAGUUGAGCCUCUGCCUUUGGGAAUAUUGGGAUUGUGUUUUGGGGUUUGAGUUUCCUGUUUCUGGCCCUUUAUCACACAGGUCUGUAAGCACAGUGAUAAAUCUCUGUUGUGUGCCUGGGUGAGGAUGGGGAUAUAACCACCUCAUGUUCCCUAGCCAGAGAGCAGGGAAUCAGAGUAACCCAAGCUGGGAGGGACCUCGGGGGUCUCUGCUCCAACCCUCCCAAUCAAAGCAAGAAAACCAACCUGAUGAUGAAAGCUCUGCUGGAAACAGAGCUCUGGAAAAUGCAGUUUCGCUCUGGAAAAUGCAGUUUCUUUACCGACAGUCUGAAAUGCCCUUUUAGUACCAGUGAACUACACUGAUGGUUCAAAGAUCACUUGGACAUGGAAACUCCAAACUGAAUCAUUCCAUAUGGGUCAAAACCUCCCGCUUGGACAAAGCUGAGCUCAUUAAUUGUGAACUGGUGAGCUGUUCCAUGAGUUCACUCAUAAAAUAGCCCAAGACAUGCCAGUGGAGAUGAACUGAUUUUAUCAGAAUUGAAAGUGUUGUUGAAAUGAUUUACCACAACUGUUUGACAAAUUCCAUUGUCCUGGAAUUUGCUGGUGUAAUUUUUUUUUGGCAUUUCUAAAGGCCAAGCCUUUCAAACCUACCAGCAAGUGCUGUGGCAGGGCUGGGGCACCGCCACUAGAGAGGGACAGAGACCGCGGGAGCGCUGGGUCAGAGCGGGACAAAGGAACUCAUCCCACGCUGGAGACUGAGCUGGAGGAGCCGGGUGUGCCCCCGAGGGCUCUGUGUGAGGCCGGGUCCCCUCCUGGGGCAGCAGCAGCUGCUUAUCCAGCUGCAAGUGAAAAAGGCAAUUAGGCAGCGUGAAGUGCUUUCUUCCAGAGCUGGGAGAAUCAGCAUUUACUUCCCAGACGUGUUAGUGGAAGGUGCUGGACGAUUCUGUUGCCCCGGGGAGAGAGAAUCUCAGUCAUGGUAAUAGCUCUGGGCUGGCAAAUGUGAAGUCGCCUCGGCCCUAGGGCAGGUCUCUGCACUUUCCUUCUCGAUCUUCCCCCGUGAAGUCGGGCUGAUACUUUCAGUGUCAUGGUAAAAACUUGGAAACGUCAGAGGAAUAGGGCGUGGGGGGGAAGGGGACGGGGCUGGAGAAGGAUGUUAAAACCUCACCCAGAAAUACUGACUUCCAGAAAUCCGUUGUCAUUUUGUGUCCUUCACUUAAGGCAUCCCAGAGAUACUUGCUUUCAGAAAUCACUUUUCCUUCCCCUGGAAACAGCUCCAUCCUGGAACAAUGAAAUCUCCUCCAUAGCCGCUGAAGUAGUAGGGAGGGGACAGGAAACUCAAAACCCGUUAAAGCCAGGAGCUGAACACAAACCGUGAAGGAUCCACAGCCAAAGGCUGCGGCAGGACAGGACCAGACCAGCUCCUAGACAGAGCCCAAACCCACUUGGCCAUCAGCUCAGCCAUCCUUCUCCCCCUCCUCUAGCUCAUGCAAUGGAGCUCAUUUAAUUUAAUUAAAUGACCUCCCCCAGCUCAUUUACUCGGUGAGGGGAGAAAAGCCAGGGGAUUUAUCACAGAAACAACAUCGUUUCAUUCUGCCCUGAAGAACAUCGUUCCAGACUGAGCCAUGCAAGACAGUCUGUGCCUCUGCCGUUCCAAGCAGAUGUAGUUGCACCUGAAGGACCCUUGUCCCUUCUCUCCAGCUGCUGAGACCCUGCCUGUGCUGUCAGGACCUGCCACGGUGGCAUGUCCUGGUGUGGUGGUGACACAGCAGCAGGGAUGUGGCUGUUGGUGUGCCCACCCAGAGCCCACUCCCCUCCUCCCCGCUUCUGCAACCAAAUCGAGAAUGUCAAAUCCAGAGCUGCUUUGUGCCCUGGGAAUUUUUCAUUGAGAUAAAGCUGGAAUAGGGCCUCCUCCCUUCCAUCCCUCUGGUAUCAGCCUUCCUUCAUCCCACAACACAGAACUGGGGCCUUGCCUUGCCUUGCCUUGCCUUGCCUCGCCUCGCCUCGCCUCCCUUUUUCCCCCACCCCAUGGUGGCAGAUGCCAAACCUGGUGCUCCUGUGGGGACCCUGGUGCAGAUCAAACCCUGGAAGUGCCUGGGGAAUGUAUCUCCAGGACAGUCCCUAACACUGGCUCCAGCAUCUGAGAGGUCCAUUCAGGGCACAGUCCCUGGCAAAUCCAGAGGGAAAUGCUGAAUGAGUAAAUGCUAAAUCACAUUCCCCCAUCCCUGGUAUGAGAGUGUAGUUCUGGGAAAAGUGCUGCCACCAGUAUUUUGUGUUCAAAUACAGUUUUUCUCAGACAUAACCUGCAGUGACUUGUGCUUGCUGCCCAGAACUGAGCCUUUCACAGGGUCAGGGACAGCAGUCCCAACUUGGACCCACAAUAACCUUCCUUUCCUCAUGGUCUGAAACUGGGAUGGAGGAACAAAACCUACCACUAGAGCCCAGAGCUGGUGAAGGAAUGAGCCCCAAACUCCCAGCUGUGACCCAAAGAGAACAGCCUUUUCCAGUGGGUGCUGGAUACCAAAAGCUGGAUAGUCUGUGCAGCUGCUGCAAGAACCUUGGGUGCAGCUCCACGUUAAUUUUCCCUCUUCUUUCCUUGCAAAUGGACUUUUCUGUGUGCCCACAAAGUUCAGCACCGCUCUGGUCACAAAGCCACAUGGUGGGGAGGUGAUUCAGGCACUGGAGAACUGCAAAAUGAAAGAAAAAUGUUAUAGUGUCUUCCAGGUGGAACAUAAUUAUGAAAUUCUCCAGAGCUCUGCAGGACUCAGGGAGGAAUGGCUCAAGUAGGUUUCCAGGGAGUUUGGCUCCUCCCUGGUGGGCUCAGCUGGGCCGUCAUGCAGGGUUUGAGCUCUGGGUGGGUGCUCUAACAUCAGCAACUUCACACUAGCAUCAAACUAGAGUGGUAAAAACCUCACAUUUUUAUUCUCUCAUACUAGAAAAUGUAUUUUGCUGCCACUAAUUCAUGCAUACAUCAGGGCCAUUGAGGAACAAAUGGCUUUUUCUUUGGAGUGAGGAUUUCUUUUAGAAAGUAAUUAAGGAACAAUUAUAUUAAUUUUUAAAAAUAUUUAGUUGUUAGUUAUAUCUUCAGUUCAACAGACACCCUAAUGUCUAGUUGAGUAUACCUUUGUGCACAGGGACGUCUGACUCAAAAACCACUGCAAUGCCCCCAAAAUACUUUUUGCCAGCUGUGCCUUGCGGCUGCCCUUCUUUGGGGAUGGAUGCUGAACCUGAGGCUGGAGGGAGGGUGGAGAGUCCUGGGGUGUCCCUGCUGAGGUGCUGCAGGGGAUUUUUGUGCCUUUGUUUUGUAAAUCUUUGCAGGAAAUCGAUGUGGGAAGGUGCUUGGGCAGUUGCUCCUCGGGGGAUCCCUGCUUGCUUAGAGGGAAGCAAAUCAAACCAUUCAGGAAGAAAGACCUGCUCUGCUCGGGCAGAGGGAGGUGAUAGUUCACAAGGACUCCAGGAGUAAGGAAUAGAUGCUGCUGGAAAAGAGCUGCCUCCCUUCUCCCCGCUCCUACUCUACCCUUUUCUUCAGCGUGAACAGAAAGCCCAGGAUGUGGGGGGCUGGAUGUGUACUGGGGAUAUACUGAAGAUGUACUGGUUUUUCUAUGACUGCACUGGGAGGCUACCGGGGAUGUACUGUUUUUUCUCUAGCUGCAGGAAGUCACAGAUGGGGAAGAAUGCCUGGUUUAGGCACAAGUUGUCCUGGACGCUGUGCCACUCACAGCUAUGACAAGCACAGGUUUGAGAGCCGCGGGGAACAAGUCCGCACCGUCGCUGCCAUCCGGGAGUGCAAGUGCCGGGGGUAGUGGGGCUGGAAGCUGCGGGUGGGGCUCCUGAAGCCCCCGCCAGACUGUCUGUAGGAUAUGUAAAUGAGAGAAGGUUAUUUUUUGAAUAAACGCUAUUUUAACCAGAGGGUAUAAAUGAACCCUCUACAAAAUGUUUUGCAGCUUGUAAAAUAAACAUCAUGGGCAAUUUGCAGGUCCUUGGGGCUCCGCUGUGCAGUUCCACGACUCCUCUGCAUCCAGCAUCCCAGGAGGGUGCAGCCGUCUGGCACGGGCUGGGGGUUGCUCCCGGUUACUAGCUGUGGAGCCGGAGAGAGGAGAGGGAACCAGGAGCUGGGCGUGUUGGGGCAGAGCUGUCUCCUCUGCAGGCACCCCCAGAUACUGCUGGUGAGCUGGGAAGAGAAGGGAAAGGAUCCCGGGGACACAGGUAUCUUCCUCUCUCCAUUAAGUCCAGCCAGUCGUUGCCACCAUGCUUGUUCUGCAUAAUUAACAGCCCUUCGGGUUGGAAUAAACUGUGGGCACCGCUGGACGUUAGCCUUCACCUUGUCUCCCACUAGGUGGUCCUAGCAGGGCUUCAGCCGGUUGACGAAUUAGUUAAUGAAUGCUAAUUUUUUCCGCUCACUCCCAUGGCAGCUGUACAGUGUGGCAUGUCCACCUGCACCAGCUUAAUUUCUCUGUGAUCGAGGAACCAGACCUAAAGAAUUGGCUUUUAUCCCACUGGCCAGGUAUUUAAAUAAGUUAAAGCAUUCAGGAAUUAGCAGCAAAUGCCUUUUAAUUUCCAGGAAACCUUUAUUUCCCUUAAAAAAAAAAAAAAAAAAAGUGCAAAAGGAAAGCUGGAUUAGGGUGCUGCUGCUGCUGCGGUGUUACCCCACAGCCCGGGGCCGCAGCACCGCCGGGUCCUCUGCUGGAGCCUGCUCUGCCCCGUGGCCUCGGGUCCCCGGCAGGACACAGAGCCUGGGCUGCGCCCCCGAGAGAGGGGAGCCCGGGCACUCCAUCCUGCACGCCUGACAGGGCCGUGGUGUGGGGACACCAGUGUGACACUGAGCCCCCGCCACGAUCCUCGCUCUCAGCAGCGGCUGCGGGAGGGGGAGCACGAGCUGCUGCGGCAGGACCGGGAUGGGAAGGGGAUGUUCAUCUUGAUGGGCUGCAUUCCUCCACACAAAGGUCCUCCGAUUUGUCCCAUUAGUGCCAUCAUUAAAAUCCAGUUAGUCUCCUACGGAGAGCAAAUACAGCCCAGCCAAAACCCUGGCAAGGGGCUGGUGGCCCCAGACCCCCGUUUCCCCUGCCAGCCCUGGGAGUGCCUGGUGAGCCGUCCUCCCUCCCGCUUGUGUACUGGGGCUAAUUGAUGCAGGGGGGCCAGGAGCCGGGUUUCUCACCUUGUUAGCAUGGCAAUUAGCUCUCUUUACUCUCCUGAUUGCUCCUGUGCAUAUUUCACUCCAGUCCAGCUUUCCAGUGAGUUAUAAAUGCAGCACCGGGGAGGCCGGGGAAGUUGUGCAGGGACAGGGAGCUCAGAGCCAUGCUGGGGACUGUCCUGCUGCUGCUGGCCCUGGCCAAGACGGCAUGCCUGAGCCCAGCCAGCGUGGCGAGCCGGCGGGCUGAGGCGCUGAAGAAACUCCUGGAAGUCUUUGGCAUGGAAGACCCUCCGGCUCCCCCAACUCACUUCAAGCAGCCACCCCAGUACAUGGUGGAUCUAUUCAACACUGUCGCCAAUGCGGAUGGUGUCACCAAGAACCCUGACAUCCUGGAGGGCAACACCGUCCGCAGCUUCCUGGAUAAAACUCACAGUGAGGAGAUGCGGUUCCUGUUUGUCCUCUCCAGCGUAGCCAAGAACGAGAAGAUCCUGACGGCAGAACUGCACCUCUUCCGCCUCUGGCCGAGGGUCACAGAUGGGCCCAAAAGGCAUCACUUCUGCCAGGUCAGUGUGUACCAGGUACUGGAGAAAGACAAGCCGGACGCCCCCGGAGGGAAGAAGCUGCUGGCAGCACGGCUUGUCUCACUGCAAACCUCGGGCUGGGAGGUCUUUGCUAUCACUCCAGCUGUUCGCGACUGGACCGAAGAUGAAAGCAGCAACCAGGGUUUGCUGGUGACAGUCCAGGGUCCAGGAGGGAGCCCGCUCGACUCCCCCCCACUGCAGUUUGCAUCUGGCCGAGGCCACCAUGAGAGCAAGAAGCCCAUGCUGGUCCUUUUCACAGAUGAUGGGCGCCGUGGAGCAUCGCUGCCUACAGCCAGCUUCCCAGAUUUAAAGCCUCAGGCUCCCAAUCUCUCUGCCAAGAUGCCGGUGCCCAAGCUGGGCAGGUCACGCAGUACACGCUCACUGGACCGGAUCAAGCCCUGCCAGAGGCAUCCCCUGUCUGUGGACUUCGAGGAGAUUGGCUGGUCUGGCUGGAUCAUCUCACCACGGGGGUACAACGCCUUCCACUGCAAAGGCUCCUGCCCCUUCCCUCUGGGCGAGAACAUGCGGCCAACGAACCACGCCACAGUGCAGUCCAUCAUCAACGCCCUGAAGCUGAGCGAGGGUGUCAGCAGCCCUUGCUGUGUGCCUGACAAGCUCUACUCCAUCAACCUCCUCUACUUUGAUGAUGACGAGAAUGUGGUCCUCAAGCAGUACGAUGACAUGGUGGCCGGGAGCUGUGGCUGCCACUAAGGCAGGAGGAGCAGGGGGCUGGAAACACCACUCCAGUGAGGCUGCACCCGCUCCCUCCAGAGCAUCAGUGGGCUGUCUGUCCCACAAACCCUCUAAAAGAGACUGGGACAAGCAAAGCAAGGUGAAGCUGGGUCCGCCCUGGAUGGUGUCACCUCCUGACAGGGCCAGCCCAGGAAGGCUCAGGGCCAAGCUCUGAUUAAAUCAGCCUGAAUGAGCCCAUGUGAACCAGCAGCCCAAGGGCAGCAGCUCCAUUUUGGGGUGCCCUGUAUGGGUGUCCCUGCCCGUGUAGAGGCUCCUGCAGGCUGUACUAUAUGUAAACAGCAAGAGCACUAAUAUAUGACAGAAACUGCCUGUACAGUGUCCUGUAAAUGUCUGUGCAUUCCUGCAUUACUGUGACUUGUAAAAUUAAUUCAGAACAACUAUUUAAAAGUGCCAUUCUCCAAAGGCUGUCUGUGGACUCUGAACUGCUGCCAGGAACAGGGCAAGCAGCCAUCUCGCAGGCAUAGAGAAGGGACUGCACAUGGAGGGAUAAAGAUCCAGCUGCAGUGCAGUCUCCAGGGGCAAGGGGAUGAGGUUGGUGUGCCCAAUGAAUGAUCCAUCAGCCUGCAGCUGGGGGUGCAGAUUGAUGAUCAGGCUGUCGAGGUGCUUGAGGGAAUGUGGUGACAGGGUCUGGGCUGCUAUGAGGGUGUGUAUAGAGGUACUUGGAGCUGAUGCUGCUGGGGUGAGUGGGUGGUGGUUGAUGUGAUUUAACCCCAGAUGGCAACUAAGAACCGUGCAGCCCCUGGCCUCCCCCUCCACCCCGGUGGGAUGGGGAGGAGAAUCAGAAGAAAAGGUAAAACCUGUGGGUUGAG